GCCGGAGCGGCGGGCACGGCGCUGAGCGUCCUGUCAGGCGGCCGAGGGCGCCGCGGACCCGCGCCGCGAUGAUGCCGAUGAUAUUAACCGUAUUCCUUAGCAACAAUGAACAGAUUUUAACAGAAGUUCCUAUAACACCAGAAACAACCUGUCGAGAUGUUGUUGAAUUUUGCAAAGAACCUGGAGAAGGCAGUUGCCAUUUAGCUGAAGUGUGGAGGGGAAAUGAGCGUCCCAUACCUUUUGAUCAUAUGAUGUAUGAACAUCUGCAGAAGUGGGGGCCACGGAGGGAAGAAGUGAAAUUUUUCCUUCGACAUGAGGACUCCCCAGCUGAGAGCAGUGAACAAGGUGGCCGUCAGACCCAAGAGCAAAGAACUCAGAGAAAUGUAAUAAAUGUACCUGGAGAAAAACGCACUGAAAAUGGGGUUGGGAAUCCACGUGUUGAACUUACCCUCUCAGAGCUCCAAGAUAUGGCAGCAAGGCAACAACAGCAGAUUGAAAAUCAGCAGCAGAUGUUGGUUGCCAAGGAACAACGUUUACAUUUUCUAAAGCAACAGGAGCGUCGUCAGCAGCAGUCUAUUUCUGAAAAUGAAAAGCUUCAGAAAUUGAAAGAACGAGUUGAAGCCCAAGAAAACAAGCUGAAGAAGAUUCGUGCCAUGAGAGGACAAGUCGAUUACAGCAAAAUUAUGAAUGGCAAUCUGUCUGCUGAAAUAGAAAGGUUCAGUGCCAUGUUCCAGGAAAAGAAGCAAGAAGUACAGACUGCAAUUUUAAGAGUUGAUCAGCUUAGUCAGCAGUUGGAAGAUUUAAAGAAAGGAAAACUGAACGGCUUCCAGCCUUACAAUGGCAAGUUGACAGGACCAGCAGCGGUGGAGUUAAAAAGACUGUACCAAGAGCUACAGAUUCGUAACCAGCUGAACCAGGAGCAGAAUUCAAAACUCCAGCAGCAGAAGGAACUCUUAAAUAAGCGGAACAUGGAGGUGGCCAUGAUGGAUAAGCGAAUCAGCGAGCUGCGUGAGCGUCUUUAUGGGAAAAAAAUUCAGCUGAACCGUGUGAAUGGCACGUCGUCACCUCAGUCACCCCUGAGCACGUCUGGCAGGGUUGCUGCUGUGGGGCCUUACAUCCAAGUUCCAAGUGCUGGAAGCUAUCCUGUGCCAGGGGACCCAAUAAAGCCUCAGUCUCUCUCUAUUGCCUCAAAUGUGGCCCAUGGAAGAUCCAAAUCCGAUGGCCACAGUAAACCAAGAGUGACCAGCUCGUGGACAGUGUCAGACCUUGACGUCGGGCCUGACUGCGGCUCCUCACGGCUCUCUGCAAGCCUGUUUGUAAACCCUAAUGAUGGAAACUGGCCAACAUUAAAACAGACUUCUAGCUCCUCAAUGAAACCAACGCAGACGAAGGACUCAAGCGUGGAGGGGGCUCUGAAGCCAGGCACCAUCUCCAGCCAGCCCUUGCCCUUAUCAGCACUAGGAGCCUCAGAGAAGCUGGGCAUCGAGAUUGGUAAAGUGCCACCUCCCAUACCUGGUGUAGGCAAGCAGCCGCCUCCAAGCUACGGGACAUACCCAAGUCCUUCGCCUCUUGGUCCAGGCUCAACAAGCUCCCUGGAGAGGAGAAAAGAAGGCAGCUUGCCCAGACCCAGCGCAGGCCUGCCAGGUCGGCAGAAGCCUGCCCCACUGCCCCAGGCAGGCAGUGCCCCUCAGCCAGGCUCUUCGCAGCAAAUUCAGCAGAGGAUUUCUGUGCCGCCAAGUCCCACGUACCCGCCAGCAGGGCCACCUGCAUUUCCAGCUGGAGACGGCAAACCUGAGCUCCCACUGACAGUGGCUAUCAGGCCCUUUCUGGCUGAUAAAGGGUCAAGGCCACAGUCUCCCAGGAAAGGACCCCAGACAGUGAAUUCAAGCUCCAUAUACUCCAUGUACCUGCAGCAAGCCACACCACCUAAGCAUUACCAGCCAGCCGUGCACAGCGCCUCUAAUAAGUCAGUUAAAGCAGUGUACGGUAAACCCGUCUUACCAUCAGGAUCUACGUCUCCAUCGCCGCUACCAUUCCUCCACGGGUCACUGUCCACCAGUGUGUCACAGCCUCAGCCAUCCUCAGAGUGUGCUGAGAAGGAGCUGGAGCAGGAGGGCCCUGCCCCAGCUGGAGACAGCAGUGGUGUGGAGAGCCUGCCACGGCCGCUCAGCCCCACCAAGCUCACACCCAUUGUGCACUCACCGCUGCGCUACCAGAGCGAUGCGGACCUGGAGGCCCUCCGCAGGAAGCUGGCCAAUGCUCCCCGGCCCCUGAAAAAGCGCAGCUCCAUCACAGAGCCCGAGGGCCCCGGUGGACCCAACAUCCAGAAGCUGCUGUACCAGCGCUUCAACACGUUGGCUGGAGGCAUGGAGGGCACCCCUUUCUACCAGCCCAGCCCCUCCCAGGACUUCAUGGGCACCUUGGCUGACGUGGACAAUGGAAAUACCAAUGCCAAUGGAAACCUGGAAGAGCCCACCCCUGCCCCACCCACAGCCCCACUCCCUGACGAGCCUGCUCCGUCAUCAGAUGCCAAUGACAACGAGCUACCUUCCCCUGAACCAGAACAGCUCAUCUGUCCCCAAACCAACCACCAAACUCCUGAGCCUGCAGAGGACAAUAACAACAACUUGGCCACAGUCCCCUCCACAGAACAAAUCCCAAGCCCUGUGACUGAGGCCCCAUCUCCAGGGGAAGAGCAAGUUCCUCCAGCACCUCUUCCUCCUGUCGUCCACCCUCCGGCAGCGUCCACGCAGAGCAAACGCACUAACCUGAAGAAGCCCAAUUCGGAGCGCACAGGGCAUGGUCUGAGAGUCCGGUUUAACCCUCUGGCACUGCUCUUAGAUGCUUCUCUGGAAGGAGAGUUUGAUCUGGUGCAAAGGAUUAUCUACGAGGUGGAAGAUCCCAGCAAGCCUAAUGACGAAGGGAUCACCCCACUGCACAACGCAGUGUGUGCUGGCCACCACCACAUCGUGAAGUUCCUGCUGGAUUUUGGGGUCAACGUGAACGCUGCUGACAGUGACGGAUGGACGCCACUGCACUGCGCUGCUUCCUGCAACAGCGUCCACCUCUGCAAGCAGCUGGUGGAGAGCGGCGCCGCCGUCUUUGCCUCAACCAUCAGCGACAUUGAAACUGCUGCUGACAAGUGUGAGGAGAUGGAAGAGGGCUAUAUUCAGUGCUCCCAGUUUUUAUAUGGGGUGCAGGAGAAGCUGGGGGUGAUGAACAAAGGCAUGGUGUAUGCACUGUGGGACUACGAGGCCCAGAACAGCGACGAGCUAUCCUUCCAUGAAGGGGACGCCAUCACCAUCCUGAGGCGCAAGGACGACAGCGAGACCGAGUGGUGGUGGGCUCGUCUUGGGGACCGAGAGGGCUAUGUGCCCAAAAACCUGCUAGGGUUGUAUCCUCGGAUCAAGCCGCGGCAGCGCACGCUCGCCUGAACUUCCUUUGCAGCACCACUGUCCUGCCAGCUCCUAGGAGCUGCUGAAGACAUUGUUCUGCUGCCUCCACAGGAAAGCUGAAGCUAGAAGUGGUUUCAAUGGUGCUCGUGUUAGCAGACCAUCCACAAUGUGAAUUCCUGCAGUUGCUAGGUGAGGCCCUUUCUCCAAUUUGCCCACAACUGGGAGAGGGACUUUCGCCUCCAAGAGGACUGAAUUUUGCCAAUUACUGUAAAUCCAAAUAAACACUCAGCUUUCAAAACA